UCAGGCCCGGGGUUCAUUUCUCACUGACGGCUUUUUAGUUACUCCACCUGCUGAAAGCGAGUUCCCCCCAACCUCCAGCUGUCUUCUUGGGGCGGAUAGGCCUGCGCACGAGAUCCCGUGGGCCCAUCAAAGUACAGACAGUGUGUUCCUGCCGUGGCUAACUUGAAGAAGCGCUGUUUCUCUGAACUGUCAAGACCAUGGCACAAAACGGUGGCGUUUGGAUUUGGAGUAACCCUGUGUGCAGUUCCCAUUGUACAGAAAUCGGAGCCUCAUUCUCUCAGUAACGAUGCACUAAUGAGGAGGGCUGUGUCUCUGGUAACAGACAGCACCUCCACCUUCCUCUCUCAGACCACAUAUGCAUUGAUUGAAGCAAUCACUGAAUACACCAAGGCUGUUUAUACCUUAAUUUCUCUGUACCGAAAAUACACAAGUUUACUUGGGAAAAUGAAUUCACAGGAGGAAGAUGAAGUGUGGCAGGUGAUCAUAGGAGCCAGAGUUGAGAUGACUUCAAAACAACAAGAGUACCUGAGGUUGGAGACCACAUGGAUGACUGCGGUUGGUCUUUCCGAGAUGGCAGCGGAAGCUGCGUACCACACGGGAGCAGAUCAGGCCUCCGUGACCGCCAGGAGCCACAUCCAGCUGGUGAAAUCACAGGUACAGGAGGUGCGCCAGCUCUCCCAGAAAGCAGAAACCAAGUUGGCAGAGGCACAGACGGAAGAACUCCUUCAGAAAACCCAGGAGGAAGGGGACGAGAGGGCUGAGCCGGAGCAGGAGGCCUACCUGCGAGAGGACUGAGGGCUGCGCCGCUGCCCAUGUCCGCCCACCAGCCUGGGGUCGGCACAGCUUCCUCUGCAGGGAGAGGCAGAGGCCUUUGGGAGCUGUGAGUGCCUGGCGCUCCCCCGUGGUCUCAGUCGUACCAGACAGACCUGGUUCUUAGCCCGGCCACUGCACCCUGUUUAACCCCACCCUGCACAGCUGCCCUCCCACCCACAGCACCUCACUAACCUGCCCAGAGGGAGGGCUCCUUUUAUGUUGUGCCCACAAGUUCAGUAGCUGUUUAACCUCAGUUUCCGACCUUACCUUUUCAGAUAGGAUUUAGUAUUUGCUCCCUCCGUAGGGAUGUGAGUGUGGGGAGAGGGGAGCCUGUCCUGUUUGUAAGAUGUCUUUUUAAGUGUUUCUAAUGCCUUCUCUGACCUGGCUCCCACCGCCCAGGCCAAGGAGCCACCAGUCCACUCUGCGUAAGGGACUGAAGGCAGAGUGUUUACCUGGUACUCGCAGCAGGACUUACUUCAACACACGCUUCCCGUGGCCUUCUUUCCUUUGAGUUUCUCUAUUGUAUCUGAAGGAGAAUAAUUUUUUUUGCAUUUAAAAAA